ACAAAGCUAUCGCGAUUAUACCAAUAACACAUUCGUUACUUUUUGCAUUUAUUAGUAUCAAGAUUGUUUGUAUCGCAUCGCAUGCUAAGUUCAUUCUUAGUUACGAGUACGUCUCGGGUAACUCGUAUUUACUAACAUAAAAUAUUAAAUUAUAAUUUACAAGAUAACCGUUAACUGUCUAGUGACACAAGUGACAUAGUAAUUAUAGUUUGCAGUGAUCUUUUGAGAUGUUUCUCGGACUCUAUUUGGUUUUAGUCAUUAAUAUGAGUGAAAAUGGUUUUGCUCAAAAUGUUGAUCUUCAGCACUGGAUGAGAGAUCUACCUGAACAAAUAAGAAACAUUCCAUUUAUUUACCUCGCCAUUCCGGGUAGUCAUGAUUCAAUGACUUAUAACAUCACAAGGUCCAGUGGCCUAGCCCCUGAUGCAGAACCAAUACUGAAAAGGCUGUACCCUUUAUUUCACGGGACAAUAUUAAGAUGGACUAUAACACAGGCAGUUGAUGCUUUACAGCAACUUCUUAUUGGCAUAAGAUACUUUGACCUAAGAUUGGCAACUAAAACUGGUUCAGAUGACUUCUACUUCACCCAUGGAGUAUACGCAGGAGAAAUAUAUCAGCCUCUCAAACAAAUAAAAGAUUUUAUUUAUGAACACCCAUAUGAAGUGGUAAUAUUAGAUUUUCAGCAUUUCUAUGGGUUCACUCCAGAUGACCAUCAAAGGCUAAUGAGAUUUAUACUCAACUUAUUUGGUCCACAGCUUGUACCAAGGCAACCAGAUCUGAAUGGUAUUACACUUAAUUCUCUCCACAGGUUACGCCAGCAGGUAAUAGUGAUUUACCGGCAUCAGUCGGUAUACGCUACAAGUGAAUUUUGGCAGCCUCAGAUGAUGCCUUCACCGUGGCCACAACAAGACAAUAUUACUGGUCUGCUAAACUUUCUGAAAAAUGUUAAACGAAACCCAGCAAUGGGCUUUGUGCAUCAAGCAGUUCUAACACCCACACCAGGAUUUAUUCUCUUCAGAUGGGUGUCCAACUUGCGUGAAAAAUGUGCUAAACCAGUCAAGAACGAAAUCUAUCCCAAAUUGUCAGAAUUUUCGCCAGGCAGACCAAUAGAAAGAGAUGGUAAAACGCGCGUAAACGUUAUCAUAGCUGACUUUGUCGAAAUGGAUAACGCUAUUUUCUCCAAAAUGGUUAUAAAACUUAAUUUUAAAUUGUUAAACACAGAAUCCAUAUCACAUAGCUACGGAUAAGAUUAAAGGGAAAUAUUGUUUAAGCUUUAAACUACUUUAUAAGGUAACUUAAGGAACUUAUCAUUUGUACCUGCAUUUUUUUUAUUUUUACACAUUUUGCUACAGGCUUAACCACAAGAUUUUUUAUUUUAUACAAACUUUUUUAUUGUACAGUGAUAUAGUAUACAUUGUUGUAAGAGCUAAAGUUUAAGAAAUAAAAUAUUAUUUCUUU